AAUGAUCAGAAUUAAAUUAUUGAAAUACUUUAGUUCAACAAUAAAUCAGGUUGACAGAUAAAAUUUCAAUAAAAUUUAAGAUUGGUGGAGUGUAGGUGGAUCAAUGGCACCUCUUUAUUCAUAUAAUCAUUUGAGAGUCUAAUUUAUUCAUGAAAUCCUAUAAAGACCAUAGAAGGGAAAGUCAUUAACUGGAUUGCAUUCUUUAGAUGUAGGAGUUGGAGGAGGAAUACUUAGUGAAAGCUUAAGAAGAUUAGGAAGUAAAGUUACAGGAAUUGAUGUAUCUGAAAACUCUAUAGAAACUGCAAUAUAACAUAAAAAUACAGACCCAGAAUUAAGAAAUGAUUAGGAAUUACAAUAUAAAUUAAUAAGUAUAGAGGAAUUAUCAAAACAAUAAGAAAUGUAAUUUGACAUUAUUACAGCAAUGGAAGUAAUAGAGCAUGUAGAAAAUCUACCAUUGUUUAUAGAAUCACUUGGUAAAUUACUAAAACCUGAUGGGAAACUAUUUAUUUCAUCAAUUAAUAAAAGUUAUGAAUCUUAUAUGAAGUUAAUUAUUGGUGCAGAAUAUAUUGCACGAGUAGUUCCAAAAGGCACUCAUGAUUGGAAUAAUUUUAAGACUCCAGAAUAAGUAUGGCUUUAAUUAAAUAAAUAACAGAUCAAUAUUGAUGUGGUAUAAUGUAAUAUUUUAAUUUUAGUUGCGUGGAGUAGAAUAUAACUUAUGGAGUGGAGAAAUGAAAUAUAGUAAUAAUGAAACCCAAUAUAUUAUGGCUUGUAGUAAAUAGAAAAGGGAAUGAU